GAUUCAGCCCAUGUUCCUGCAGAUCCUACAAGUUGGUAAAAUCUGUUAAGGUUUGCUGUUCCAGUCGUGGAUAUUUCUUACUAUGUCUCCGUCCACAGUCAUGAACGGACUUAGUUGGCGGGUUUUUGAAUGGUGUUUGGUUCUAACGUCUCUGUCGAAACCCAUCGGGUCUAAAAACUGAUGCCAGACCAGUGAACUGUGAGCUAGCUUUACCCGGGAGCCUUGAAUUUUCUGUUUUGAACAUCUACAUACUGUGAGGAGGAGGCUGGACACAAAACACAGUGAAGAGGAGAUAUUGUGGAGUAAACAGAAAUAUAAAAUGGAGCACGGCAGCCUGGUCGGGGAGUUUCUGUCUCCGGAGUCCACGGUGACCUCGCUGCUGUCGAGCUCAGGUCAUCUGAGGAGCAGCCUACUGCCUCCUGAACACAACACCACCUUCAGAUACAGAGACAAGGACUAUGACUCAGCCUCGGCAGCGUUGGAUGCCUACAUCGCAGACUUUGAGAGGAGUUGUCAUAACAGCGGGACAGUGACAGGACGAGUCGUUCUGCCUCAUAGUCCCCCCUCCACACCGAGCAGACCCAGAGUGAACACACUCAGAAACAGAGACGUUCUCAGGGAGAGUUUGACUGAAAGGGAGCUUGACUUCCUGAACCUCCCCGUCAGCUCGCUUCAUCACAGCGGCAACCGAGACAGACUCUCCAUGACGACGGAUGAGCUGCUGUCUAUCCCUUAUGAUGGCUCGAUGCCUGUCACCCACACAUCUGCCUUCAUCCAAGGCCUCCUGUCCCAGUCUGGAGCCUCCCAGCCGCGCCAAACCUCCUCCAGUGCAGAACAUAGAGCCUGUGCUGGGCUCAGUAGAAGCCACGCUGCCCCCCGACCGAACCACCACCACUCUCACCUGAUCAGAACAGCAAGGACCUCCAGAAGAAGACCAGGAGCUGCUGUGUUGAAAACACUUGAUGACUUAUCGUCUGUGAGCAGCUUUAAGCCUGAACACAGAGCGGCGGGGUCAGAGUGGGCAGAGCCGUCCUCGUUGCUCCACCUCCCUCACCGCUUCACCCGCAACAAGGCUGACCCGGGCUCCUCUGGAAUGAGCAGCGUGUCUGAGCAGAAGGGUGGAUCCAGCGUGGAGGCCUGGAUCCAGCGCUGUGACCGCAGCAAGCUGCCGCCACCCCCAGAGUCGAAGCUGUGGGACGACCACGGUUUUCUUCCACCCGCAGCUCCCAGAACUGGAGCUCCAUCCUGGGUCGCAGAGCUGGAGGAGGAUGAUGAUGCUGACCAGACAUGUUCACAGGUUGACAGCCAGCUGACUCUCAGAGAUCUGAGGCUUCAGUUUGCUGAACAGAUUUCACUGCUUGCUGCAGAGAGAAAAAGCUCCGACAUCAUGGAAACUGUGUUCAGAGACAACAGGAUCGAGUGUCUGAUCCAGAAGGCGGAUCAAGUGUUGAACUCUCUGUCUCAGAGUUGUGAAGGAGCAGACAGUCGUGCUGAUUCAGUCAGUCCAGUGAACACUGAGGAGCAGCUGCUCGGUUCACCCUCACACGGUCCUCUGUUCACUCUGGACACAGCAGCAGCAGCAGCAGCAGCAGCAGCAGGCGGUGGCACAGAGGCUCUGACUGACAGAGGAGCUCAGACUUUGGACUGCGGCCUCAGUGGAAACAGCAUCUGGAAGCAGCCUGGUCCAGUGGAGGCUCUCAAACAGAUGCUGUUCAGACUGCAGGCAGUGGAGGGGAGGCUUCAGCAACAAGAAGCAUCAGCGGCUCCAGCACUCACCGACAGGCCACAAAUGGAGCAGACUCCAGUAAAGCAGAGACCUGAAGGUGAGGCCGAGCUGGAGAGUUUUUCUGGUGGACCGUCACUACAAAGAGCUCUGCAUCACCUGAGCCGUCUGAAGCUUCUGGUGGAAGAACCCAGAAAGAAACACAGAGAGGAAGAGGAGGAGAAGGAUGAAGACGAAGGACGCUACUCUUCCUCAUCUGCCGACGGGCUCGUCUGUGCCCAGCAGAAACCUUUCUGAAGCGUCUGCAUCAGUCAGUGUUCUCACUCUCCUCUCCUUUCUGUUUCCUGUUGCGUCCUUUUGGCGGCAGGAAGAAGUUUCCAAAGGAUGUGGAUGAAGUAUUCUCUGGAUUUGUAUUGUAGAUGAAAAACUGUCAUGUAUCUUAACACUGACACAUUAACACUGAACAGACACUUGAGACAUUAUCCAUUAAAGACUUGUCGUCUUGUUGUCCAUUUAAGACACAGUCUGACCUUUUGGGUCUUGUUGGACAUUUUACACAGAAAAAUGUCAAAUAAGAAUGAAGCUCUGCUGCAUCUCAGCGAUGUGAAGGACAAUCAGAUUCAAAGUCAGCAAAGAGAAGACACACACACACACACAACACCAGCAUUUUACAAACUCUGUAGCAUCUGUUCAGCUGCUGAGACACUUGUGAAAUGAUUGUGAAUGUGCCAAUAUGAAAGAGGAUUCUAUGUCUAGUUUGAUACUGCACAGAAAAUGUCAUUUUAAUGAUAUAUAUAUAUUUAUAGCUGUGCUAGGAGCACAGCCAUGGAGAUGCAUGUUAGCAUGUUAUCAAGUAAACACGCAACAUACUAAGCCUAAGUAUUUUAAAAUUCCCCAGAACAACAUCUAUACAUUAAAGUGACAAAGCCCUUUAGUGUGUGUUGUUAUGAUGACGGAAGCACAGGAGGAAGUCAGGCGAUGUUUCAUAGCGACAAAGUGAGCACGAGGAGGCGGCUGGGUCAACAAAACACUGGACUUUAACACGGAGACCGCUGUUCGAUUCCCGUUUCCAACCAGCUGUCAAUGUUGUUUCUAUUAAACAUGACCAUGAUUGUUCUGUAA